GAAAGGAAUAGAGGAGCAGAACAACAAAACAAGCUACAGCUAAUUCACAACUCCAGUCCUGAUUUAAGCAUCAGCCUAUGAAUCCCUCCUCCUAACAGAUGAACACAUAAAAAGUUGUCCUGAGGCGCUGGAAUCACCCUCUAGAUCUGAAUGAUUGCUUCCUUUGAGCUCCACCACGACACCAAUGUGAGCCCCACUGAUAAGCCUUUGUCCUGGGAGGAGAGCAACUAAAUUCCCUGAAUUCCACCAUCACUAUCAAAGCACAGAAAAAGGACACAGCAGAAAAAUGGCUUCAGGUCUCUGAAGAGCGUGGGCUGUACACACAGAUACAAGAGCUUUCUAAGAAAACUGGAGCCUCGACGAGAACUAGAGCCAGGAGGCCAGCAGGAGUUAUUUCUGAGACAACAGGAACCAUGAGGAGGACGGUGCUCCUGUCCAGACAGAUGAUGUUCCCCUGGAUACCUGGAUUGGAAUCGUGGGAAUAAGACUUUUGACUGACUCCAUACUCUGAGCUCUACAUUAAAUUUGCCCAAGUGGGAAUCCUCAGCUUCAACGUUUUGCUGUAACUUUUUUUUUUUAAUUAUCAUUAUCUAUUUAUUGCUCUCCCUCCAUUUUUGGAGGUCUGAGAGUCGGUGAGGUAUAGCCCCCCUCUAACUCCUGCAGAGAGAGGUUGUACAAAGUUGAAGUUGAAAGUUGAAGAUGCGGUCCUUCCUCCCGCUUGUCGUGUAUUGCAUCAGCCUGCUUUCCCUGCAGCAGCUGGCGGCUUCACCGGCCGGGAAGCGUCCUGACGGAAACAGACUGAAUAAUCUCAAAGAACCCAUCGAUCAGAAAAAGGAGCUCUCCACUCCCUCAGAAGGCCAGUCCAACACUGUACCAGCAUCUCCAGCAGCAAACAAACUCCAUAAAUGGAUGUUAAGCCUCAUGAGACACCCGCCAGUGUCCAGUUUGAAGACGGCAUCUCCUGGCCUGACAUGGGCACAGCCUGAUAAGGCUUUUCAGAUCAAGAAAAGGGCUAAGAGAUCUCGUGGCCACGGACACUCGAAAGUGGGCAGAAACCACCACCAGCAUCCCCAGUAUAAGAGAGUGGGGUGUGUCCUAGGAACCUGCCAAGUACAGAACCUCAGCCACCGUCUGCAUCAGCUCGUCGGUCAGAACGGCAGGGAAGAAUCAUCCCCCAUUAACCCGAGGAGCCCUCAUAGUUUUGGAUGAGUUAGGUUGCCCCAAAAGCAGUUCUGUUGGUAUUUGUCUGUUAAUGUCUUGGUUGUAGUUUUUGCAUUUAGGAUUAAUCUACUGCGCAGUCAGCUUUGAUUUAUUUUAGAAAUCUUCUGCUUUUACUGUUUGUACUUGAUUGGUGGAUUUUAAAGUUACAUUUUAAAAUCGCAAUGGACCAAAUUAACUCCAAGGAUGGACCAUCUCCAUCACAGGAAAAUAUGGACAUUAAAACAUUAUGAAUUCUUCAGCUUGAAUACUAAAAGGAAGAAAAAAGCUGACAUUGGGACAUCUCAAUCUGGAUAAAGUAAGAAUUGUGCUGAGUCUUCAGUGCCGUUCAGUGGAGUACUUCUUGUUGCCAACUGAACUUCAUAGCUUUGGAUCCUUUGCUGUUCACUGAUCACACACUAAAGCCUCUAAUGUGGAUUAGAAGCUGCACCAUGACAUGGAGACCUAUCAAAAUCAAUGAGUUUCUGAAUACCUUUUCAACAGUCAAGUGAACCCUUUUACCUCUCUGUCAGCUUUGAAGUUCAUACACUGUGUCUAACAUGAACUCGGAGAUCACCACAACAGUCCUUAAGUUUGUAGCUGAACUUAAUUUGAGAUCAUCCACAGCCAAGACUUACAGCAAACAUUGUCAUUUAAGACAACAUGAAAAGGAAAAUAAGAGUCAGCAUGCAGGGAUUAGUUAAUGAGUCAAGAAAAGUUCUGUUUCAAUUUUAUGCUUCACUCAGUUGAAAAUAAAAGUUAACGCUAUAGUCAGAUUAGCAUUUCAUAGUUUGAGUGGAUCCUGGUUAAAUCUCUAGUAUUUUAGCAGUUAGAUCAAAUCAGAAAAUAACUUCCUUAAAAUUUCUCAACAAGCGUCUUUAUUUAGUGGACUAGCAGAUGAUUUUAGGCUUCCCGAUUUCAAGAACUUAAAAGUUAAAUCUCUGAGUCACUUAUGUCAUCCAAGUUGAUUCUACAGCAAAGAUGUGAAAGUAGACAAAUCAGAAAUAGGUAAAGCAUCCUAGUAAAACACAUUUACUUUCAUUAUUACUUUCCAACUAUGUAAUAUGGAGUUACGAUGUGGGUUUGAAACAAAAGCCACGCUGACCAAAAUGCUAGCUGUAACAGUUUCUAGUUUCAAAUAUAAACAGAAAUAGCCAGGCAGCAGCAAAAUGCAUGCCCCAACAUUUUGUUGUCUUCUAUUUAUGUCUGCCUCUGAAAUGGUGGGCGGAUGAUAGACCAGGAAUCGUUGGGAAACAAGGUCUUGUUGGUCCACCAUGGUAUAAUUUGUUUCGGUCUUAAAGUUCUCAGCCAUCCAGCCUUCCAUUUUCUAUACCCACUUAAUCCCGUUUAAGAAAACCACCAUCAAGCGAGUGGGUUAUGUCAUAGAGCUGGCAUAGAAUAUAAUCUCUAUGCCAACUAUAACCGAGCAAGUAGUGGAAAACAAUCUGAAGAAGUCACCAGUCCAUCAUGAGGCCAAGGUUAUAAUCCUCUUGUUAGACACCCACCAUAUUACUUAAAUCAUAAGGUUGAGACGCAGCUUGAAUCAAAAUUAGAGUCAGUUCAAAUUUGAACAUCAGUCAAAACCGGAAAUCAGUGUUGGCCAGCAAAACUCUGAUUGGUGCAUCUUUAGUAUUAAAAUUAUAUGUAAACUUUUUACUAAACCUUCAUACGUAGUAGUGUUGGAGUAAUGUUUGAGUAGGAAAGUGAGUCAUUUAUUAUUAUUAUGAUUAUGAUUAUGAUUAUGAUUAUUAUUAUUAUUAUUAUUAUUAUUAUUAUUAUUAUUAUUAUUGUGUGAUCUAUUGUUUUCUGUAAUCUUGAAAUAGCAUUACUUAAAUCUCACCAAAUACCUGGAAAUACUUGACUGAGUGGCCUUGCAGUAUGUGACCCACAUGAUAUGACACCAUGUUCUUAAUGUAUUUUCCACUGUCUUUAUUUUUUCCAUCUAUUUUUUUCUUCCCUGGCUGUAAUCCUUUUAGACCAGAGGUCAAAUCGUGGUAGCCAGUGAUUCCUUGGUCUUAACUCUAAUGUGUUCAAAGCCUCACUCUCUGUUGUAACAGAGCUUAUUAUUGUCUCGUGACAGCUCAUUAAACAGCUUUUAAAAUGCAGACAAGAACAUCUCUCUACUUUCUCGAAAUGUAAAUUUUCAGCGAUUCUAUGUGUUUUGGAUGAGUUUUGCCUUAUCACUGUUUUGCUUUUUCAGUAUGUUUUUGGGACGUCACACGUUGCGUCAUACAGAGUUGUGUUAGCAAAUCUUACCACAGUCGAUGGCUUCUGGUUAGAGACCAGGGACAGUGUUUCAAGAUUAUCCAUGGCUAAGAUUCAUAGGAGUUCAGUGAUGUUCCUGUUAGUUUCUCAUCAGACUUGUUUUCUUGUUUUCACAUUUGAGUGUCACGUGUUCUUCUUUAGGGUCACAGGAAAGCACUUUAAUGCAAUCAAAUCAUGUUGACAGUUUUUUUACAACUUGAAUUUUAAUGUUGAAGAGCUAGCGACGGUAGGAUGAGGUUGUGUUUCUAUUUGUGAAGACGUAUGUGCGCUCCCUGUGGUGUGAGGAGUGCUGAAUUCUCCCGUGAAUAUAUGUUAUACUUUUGUAUUUAAAGAAAGUUAUGUAUUGAAGUAUUUAACUUAUCUUGUGUGAUAAUGCCUGAAUGUCACCGAGAACUAUUUAUCUUGUCUUUUGUUCCUUAUGGUGGGAAUUAAGUUUGUGACUGUAGUUGAAAUGUUACUGUUUGACCAUGUUCUUCAGUCUUUAAAAUAAAGAACCAUACUGACAAUA